UAAAUUAGAUAGUCGCCUGGAUUUUUGUGUUCGGUUUGGUUUAGUCUUGUUUAUCAACGAAUUAUUUUCUUAAUAAUUAACGAAAUGAAUCGUAUUAAGUUCAAAUUCGAGUCUUACCGAUCGGAAUUUAUUGAGCUGGUUAAAAAUUGCAUUGCUACUGUGAACAUCAAUCUUCUCGAAGAAAAAGCUCAACAGAAAUAUAUAAUUGGAUGCGAGAGUGAUUUCAAGACGACUAUUGAUCAAGCUUUUAGAGAUGUUCUCAGUGAAGCAAUUUUAAAUGGUGCCAAGAGAGAUGAAUUGGAAAAAAUGCUGAUGUUUGCUAUUGAAGCUACCGAAAGAGAUAUAUGCUCCGGUAGUCUUCCUGUUUUAUUAUUAAGUGAUAUGUUUGAUUGCUUCACUUUGGAUCAGUGUGAAGAAUUAUUUACUUUUGUAGAAAAUAGAGUCAAUAUAUGGAAAAAGGAUAUAUUUUUUAAAAAUUGUAAAAAUCAACUUCUUCGUUCAUGUAAUGAUUUAUUAAGAAGACUUUCAAGAUCUCAAAAUACAGUAUUUUGUGGAAGAAUUCUUGUAUUCCUUGCUAGAUUAUUUCCACUUUCUGAAAGAUCAGGUUUAAAUAUUAUCAGUGAAUUCAACUUGGACAAUAUAACAUCAUUUAGUAGAAAGGAAGAUAACAGUAUUGAUGAAAUUUCUGGAGAUAAAGAUGAAAAUAUGGAAGAGGGAGAAAUGGACGAUAGUGGGUGUCCAAUAAAUGUAGAUUAUAAUCUAUAUCGAAAAUUUUGGUCUCUACAAGAAUACUUUCGUCAACCAAAUCUUUGUUACAACAAAAUUUAUUGGAGACAGUUUGCUUCUUAUUCAGCUGACGUGCUUUCAGCAUUUGGAAGUUUUAAACUCGACGACAUCAAAUCGACUAAAUGGAAGCUUUCUGAAGCAACGGCUUCUAGUACAGGGAAACCUGUUUAUUUUGCAAAAUAUCUAACAAGUCAAAAGCUGUUGGAAUUGGAAUUGAGUGACAGUAAUUUUCGUCGUUAUGCUCUUGUGCAGUUUUUGAUUCUUUUCCAAUAUCUUCAGUCGGCAGUAAAAUUUAAACAAGUUCCCGUCUCAGAAAAGGAAAAUGUUUUCGCCACUAUCUCAAGACGUAUGAACACAAAAUAUAAGGAAAUGAAUCAGAAGCAAGGAGAAUGUCUCAGGGAUUCGUACGUGCUGACAGAAGAACAACUUGCGUGGAUUAAAGAUACCACAGAAAGGAUAUACAAGUUGUUAGAGGAAACACCUCCCGAUGGUGCAUCUUUCGCCAAGCAUGUGUCUCAUAUCUUGAAACGUGAAGAAUAUUGGAAUAAUUGGAAAAAUGAAGGUUGUCCUAAUUUUAAAGAAGUAAAACAAGAUACAGAAAUGAGACCAUUUUUAAGACAAAAACGUAAAUUAGGAAAUGAAAUUCAGGCUGCCAUAGCUAAGAAAGAAGUAUUAGUUGGGAGCUCUGAAAUGAAUCGACUGUGGAACCUGUGCCCCGACAAUUGGGAAGCUUGUCGAUCUCAAGCUAGGUCUUUUGUGCCAUCAUUAGAUACAUUUUUUGAAUCUGCAAUUGAACAAGCAGAUCCAUCUAGCCAAAUAGAAAAUUCAUUUAAAUAUGUCCACAAUAGUAAUUACGGGUGGAGGGCUCUCAGAUUGUUAUCGCAGAAGAGUCCACACUUUUUUACUCACAGUAAUCAGCCCAUUAAGAGCUUACCUUUAUAUUUAGAAAGUAUGAUUAUGAAGUUGGCUAAAGAACUUCCGUUAAAUCAACAUCAUCAGCAGUCACAAGAAGAAAAGCAGGAUGUCGCUUCUGUCGCAGGGGAUAGCGGAGAAGAUAGUGAAGAUGAAUUAUUAAAGAAUUCAGACGAAGGAGGCAACAAAGAAGACAAAGAUAGGAGCAAACACGUCAAUCCAUUGACGUUAGAGAACGUUCUUCAGAUGCUGUCCGUAAAACUACAGAGGGACUGGAAAACCGUGGCUCCCAAAUUGGGUUUCCAGCCUGAUGAAAUUUUAUAUUUCGAGAACGAACUGCAGAGUCCGACACAACAGGCCAAACACAUGCUGACGGUUUGGGUGGAGCAGGAACCGGAGACCGCCACAGUUUCAAAUUUACAAAAGAUUUUAAACGAUGUUGCUCUGGAAGAUAUCGCCAAAGAAUUAAAUAAUGUGGAUUCGCUCAAUAAAGUACAAAUAAAAACUUAAUGUUCCA